UUAUUUGUCUGUAUACGUUGAAAAGGAGAUAUUCUUUGAACUAUUCUCGCAUCUCUGUAUUUCUUUAUAAAUUCUUCGCGGCCGUCGAGCUUGCGCCGUACCGGAUGUAAAGCACGGUGGGGAUCGCACGCAGCAGCCACCGGCUCUCGAAAAGAUGAGUCGCCGGUAAUGUGCUUGUGCGGAGGCCUCGCGGAGGACAACGCCAGGAUUAUCCUCCUUGCCGUUGUCCUGGCAGCGUACAUGCUCGCAGGCGCGGCACUCUUUCAAAGGCUGGAAAGCGAUUUCGAGAUACGACAGGCGACAGAAUUCUGGCGGGUCUACCACGCGUUUCGGAAGCACCACCUGCGAGGUAGCCCCUUGGCCUUGCAAAGGUUGCAUGAGCUGUUAUAUGCCUACGGCAACGCUUCCGCUACCGGCAUCAUUAACAAGAGACGCCGCUGGGACUUUCCUGGUAGCUUUCACUUCGUUGGCACCAUAGUUUCUACGAUCGGGUACGGAAGCACCGCACCCCAGACAACGACGGGUAAAGCGGCAGUCGUUCUUUAUGGUUUCUUCGGUUGUUCCGGCGGCAUCUUGUUCUUCAAUCUCUUUUUGGAGAGAAUUAUUACUCUCCUGGCGUGGAUCUUGCGCAGCUGGCAUGUACGUCGAUUGAGAAGACGUCUCCGCAAGACUACGUUGACAUCCCGACGGAUCCCCAAAUCGUCGAGCACCCAGAGAACAUCUCUGCCGGACAUCCUUGACGAUGACGACGACCAUGUGAACCUGGAUCAAUGGAAACCGAGCGUGUACUGGGUCAUGUUCUAUUUAUCCGUCACCUCUUGCAUCGUCGCCUGUUGUGCCGCUGCACUUUACGCGCCGCUGGAGGGCUGGAAUUACUUCGACGCGUUGUACUUUGCCUUCGUGAGCUUCACCACUAUCGGCUUUGGCGACUUCGUUAGCACGCAACAGCCAAACUAUCCUUACGUACAUUGGUAUAGAUUCACGAAUUUUGUUUUUCUCGUGGUGGGAUGUUGCUGUAUAUACUCCUUGCUGAACGUCACAUCGAUCGUAAUAAAGCAGGGUUUGAAUUACGUGAUACAUAAAUUACAAUACGGUAAUCGAAAUGUAGCAGCGCCGUAUUUACCAAGGAGACAGUCCUCCGUAUCAACCGUAUACUAUUCGAAGAGGAGGCCGAACAGACUUGUUGGUAGAGACUCGAUCAGAGCGCAGGAUAACUCAGAGACGCCUCGCAGGAUGUCAGGCGAACUGGUCUCCAUGAAGGAAUUCCUAUCCGCGAAUAAAGUUCCUUUGGCUGUGAUGCAGAAGCAGUUGUAUGAUGCCGCACAGAAACAAAAGGGUGGAGGAUCGCUCGCUGCCACGCCGAAUCACCAGGUGUUGAAGCCCGGAGCGGUGGGUCCGCUUGCGAUUGCCAGCGAAAAAUUUGAAAGUAAAAGCACGAUAAACAGAUAGAAAAAUUAUGGCAUAAUAGAGGCUACAGAAAAUAUGUAAAAGCGCAGUACAUCUGUAUCAAUUGUAUUUUUCAUGAUGUUCAUCUCGCAAGCAUUUACCAAUUUUUAAACCAAAUUUGUCGAUAUUGUGUGCUAUGUUGCCUAAAAAUUAUUAAUAUAGAAAUUAAUCAUGAUAUUCUUGUAAACUUGUUCCUGCAAUUCUUUUAUAUCUCUAAUUUACUUUAUGAUAUUGCGACUCUUGAUGUUGAAUAUAAUAAAUGAUAUCAUUGUCUCGUAUCACUCAUCGAAUAACUUUAUUUAAGUCAUGUUUACAGUACAAUCCUCCAUGUACUCAACGACAUCGACAAACAUGCAAUCUCUUGUUUUUCGUAAUUGCGACAAUGUACGUCGUGUAUAUACC